CCAAACCUGAUGUGUGUCUAUAGUUAGUCUCACCAAGUCAGUAUAUAAGCCCCUGGGGGACCAACCUUCACAUGUCAGUCACAUCAGUCUGCGGCUUGGCAUAGGCCUUUUCUUCUUGAUCGACCAAACUCUACAUACCGUCUCGAGAUGGCACCCAAGAAGGCCAAGAGGAGGCAGCAAGCAGAGGGUGGAUCCUCCAAUGUGUUCUCCAUGUUUGAGCAAAGCCAGAUUCAGGAGUACAAGGAGGCUUUCACAAUUAUUGACCAGAACAGAGAUGGCAUCAUCAGCAAGGACGACUUGAGGGACGUGCUGGCCUCCCUGGGCCAACUGAACGUGAAGAAUGAGGAGCUGGAAGCCAUGAUUAAGGAAGCCAGCGGCCCCAUCAACUUCACCGUCUUCCUCACCAUGUUCGGCGAGAAGCUGAAGGGCGCUGAUCCUGAGGACGUUAUCGUGAGCGCGUUCAAGGUCCUGGAUCCCGAGGGUACUGGCACCAUCAAGAAGCAAUUCCUUGAGGAGCUCCUGACCACUCAGUGCGACAGGUUCUCCGCAGAGGAGAUGAAGAACCUGUGGGCCGCCUUCCCCCCUGAUGUGGCUGGCAACGUAGACUACAAGAACAUCUGCUACGUCAUCACACACGGAGAGGAGAAGGAGGAGUAAAACGCCCCCUUCCUUCUCUACUUCACUGACACCACCCCUUCUUACCCACUUCCUUCCCCUUGGUUUGCUCUCUCACUCUCUCCUGCUCGCAUAAAGACUUUUCUCAUUUUACUGAGACUCGUGAGAGCUUAGAGGGCUGUGAGUAAGCCUCCUUGUGAGUGGCUGCGGGGAAAUAGGAUUAUUUUUAAAAAAUAAUCUUAUGACAUAUCUCUCUCCCUUUCUCCAGUCCCUACUCCUCCUCUCUCUCAGUCUCUCUUUGUGUCCUCCUGUUGGUUUAACAGUAAAACUUUAACCAGACCCUGCACUACACUGUGUUUCAUUCACAGUAAAUACAGAGAAGCAAAUUGACCUCUCAAUUUUUAUUCUAUAAUAGAAGCCAUUUUCUCCCUCUUCAAUUUUGUUCUCUCUCCUUUUGGGGGAAAAAAGAGGAAGAUGAAGGAAGACAGAGAGAAGAGAAGAAAGGAAUGAGGUUUAGUCUCCUUAAAGUGAUGGCUGCCUUGUAAGAGAGUGAGAAAGAUUGUAAAAGGGAGGGAGAGAAAAAGAGGCGAAAGAAAACAUGCCGUCUUCGUUGUCUUUUCCUCUUCCUCUCGCAUCCCCCUUUCCAUCUCUUUCCCUAAUUCCCUGUGUAUGUUUCUCUUUUCCAACAUUUUGUCAGGAAACAUCUGUAACAAAUAAAAGCGACUAACUCUGAAUAAAAUUACUCUUUUGUA